GGGGCGAAGGGGAGGAGAGCCGUUGCUACGACACAAACACGCACGCACGCACGCGCACGCACGCGCACACUCUCACGCGCCUUUCCAGAGAGGUGGCGCAGAUCGCGCGCUGCUCAGUUUCAGAACGGUGUGCUGUCUGCGCGCGUGCGGCGCGUCCACAACGCUGAGAUUGCGGGGAAACAUUGUUUUUGUUUUUUUUUAGGGGAUUUUGCAGAAAGUGUCGUUUUUUUUCUGGGGGACACAAUUUCAAUUAAUAGUGAGCUUUAAAAGCCUGGAGGAUGUUUUUUGAAAGUUUAACGUGUAGGGAAAAAAAGAAAGAAUAAAAACUUUGUUUUUUGGACUGGAGUGUUGACGGACUGUGAGCGCGUUUUCCGGUGUUUCCCGGUGUUUUCCGUUUGCUAGCCCUACCAAACAAACUUCCAAACUUUGUUUUUGUUUCUGUGUUUUUUCUCUUUCAAGAGGACAGAGAGAAGGAAAUACACGAACUACGGAGUCGCUUUUCCUCCAAAGUUUUUUCUUGGGUUUGAAAGUAUAAAUAUAUAUAUUUUUAUUUGCUUAGACCUGAACACCGACUUUUUAUUUCACUCCAGGAUUUUGGGUUGUCAGUUAAAAAAUCAUAGCCUGUACACUGUUUCGACUCCAGUCAGCUUUUUAGAGAGAAAGAGAGAAAAAUAAAGAGAGCGGUUUCCAAACUCGUUAAUUUUCUUGAAGGAUUUUGAGCUCCUGUUCCACGAAGCUCCCGGUGGGUUGAGGAAGGAACCAUGCCGCAGCUGGCGGGCGGCGGAGACCCGGAGCUCUGCGCCACCGACGAGAUGAUCCCGUUCAAGGACGAGGGCGACCCGCAGAAAGAGCAGAGCUUCGCCGAGAUCACCAACUCCGAGGAGGAAGGAGACCUGGCCGAGCUCAAGUCCUCUCUGGUCAACGAGAGUGAAACGAGUCCAAACAGCAACAACCACGACGCAGGUAGACAGUCCCAAAUAACCCCAGACUCCUAUCACGAAAAACACAGAGAGCAUCCUGAUGAUGGAAAGCUCCAAGAUCUGUACAGUAAAGGGCAUGCCUACUCUGGUUACCCGAGUUACAUCAUGAUGACCAACAUGAACAACGAACACUACAUGAACAACGGCUCGCUCUCGCCUCCCAUGCCCAGAACGUCGAAUAAGGUUCCUGUAGUGCAGCCAUCCCACGCAGUUCACCCCCUCACACCUCUGAUCACCUAUAGCGAUGAGCACUUCGCCCCUGGCCCUCACUCGGCACAACACCCCCAGGACUCAAAAGGAAUGCAGAGGCAUCAUCCUGGUCCAGAUAUUCCGAACUUCUACUCCCUCUCCCCUGGAGGAGUUGGACAGAUCACUCCACCACUGGGCUGGUUCCCACAUCACAUGGUUCCAGGACCUCCUGGACCUCAUGCCACAGGAAUCCCCCACCCAGCUAUCGUCAACCCACAAGUCAAACAUGAGCCUCCACACGAGACAGACCUGAUGCACAUGAAGUCUCAACACGAGCAGCGAAAAGAGCAGGAGCCCAAAAGGCCUCACAUCAAGAAGCCACUCAACGCCUUCAUGCUUUACAUGAAAGAGAUGCGUGCCAACGUGGUGGCUGAGUGCACGCUGAAGGAGAGUGCCGCCAUCAACCAGAUUCUAGGCAGAAGGUGGCAUGCUUUAUCUCGGGAAGAGCAAGCAAAGUAUUACGAAUUAGCCCGCAAGGAACGGCAGCUCCACAUGCAGUUAUACCCAGGCUGGUCUGCCAGAGACAAUUACGGAAAAAAGAAAAAAAGGAAGAGGGAAAAACUUCAGGAAACAGCCUCAGACUUCCAUUUUCUACAGGUACAGCCCAGAGAAUGAAAACGGCAUACAUCUGAGCAAUGGAGGAAAACGAACUGCUUUCUCCUCAUGCAAAGCGAAGCCAGAAGCUGCAGGGGCCCUUUUGGAGAUGGAAGCCUGUUAGAUGACCUCUGACCCCUUCUGCGACCUCUUGACUCCCCUCUGCUGACCUCUUGGAGGGCUCCAGCUCUCGAGUGCGCUCCUCUGCUGUAGAGACACUGAACUGAAACCACAGACAAUCGCUUCCCGCCUAGGCCCACUACCCCACACACACACACACACACACACACACACACACACACACACACACACACACACACACACACACACACACACACACACACAGAGAUACACACAGCCCAUAGAUACGAGUUCCACACACAGUUUGUUUGGGGUUUACGUUUGUUUUAGCUUGUUGCUCCCAAAGUCCAAGUUGUUGCACUGAUCAUCAUCAGAGAGGGAAGAAAUCAAUCACACACCUUUUCCCACACCUGUCCCUAAGUUAUUUUAAGUUAUUCAUCACCCCUGUUUCCUGUAUGUACAGUUCAUCCCGAGCACCGUCUCACUUUUCACCCAAUGAUGUAGCAUUUCAGGGCCCGGUAUUCAGGAGCGUUCUGUUCAGAAGUCAGACAGAUCAUUCAUUCGCGACUUGAAGACAUUCUUUCAAGACUCUUUCAUAAUUCAACCAGUGGGUGAAAAAAAAAAAAAGGAUCAAAGUUUUGUCUUUUUUGAGUUCAAGCUGAUUUUGAAUGCUUUUUUUUUUUUUUGUAUUUUUAAAUAUUCGAUUCAUCUCUCGGUGUAUAUUUUAAGUCUUUUUUUUUUUUAUCUUUAUUUUUUAUAUAUAUACUGGUAUAUAUAUAUUUACGAGAAUAAGCUUUGCGACAGGAAAGCUGUUCUGUCUUUCAUGCAGAGGCGACCUUCUUUCAUUUGAGAACUGUAACUGAUGAUGACCUCCCAGUGCUCAGAUGUAAAAUAAUGCUCAGUAUGUGUCCUUUUUUUUCAUGACAAAUGUCUGGAUAUGUCUCUUUUCUUGGUAUUUUGGCAGGCAGCGAUAGGACAUGUGUUCGAGUGGGUACUCAGAGGCCUAUAUUUUAUUGUUCUAAACAGACAAAUGAAGCAGAUAUAUAUAUUUACCCCCAGCACUUGCCGGUCUCUUUUAUUGCGAUGUUCCUCGGUUUCCUCUCUAUCUGCUAGAUAAUAGUGUGGUCUCUGCCAUGUUGUUUAUUACAUGCAAGCAUUUCUGUAACAUUUUGAUUUUACAUGCUAUUUUUUUUUUUUUUUUUUUUAGUAUUAUCGGAUACAAUUUCUUAUUUUUUUCCUUUUUUAUUUUUUAUUCGUUGUCAUUUUAAGUAACUGUCAUCUUGGUUUAGCACUUUGCUUCCAAGUGGUCACAUUUGAACUGUGUUUCUACAUGCCUUUUUUUAAAAAACAAAAAAAAACAAAAAAAGUCCAAAAAUAAAUCAGCAUCUUUGACUGA